AAUUGCCUUUUGUACAAUGUAUACAUAAUUUAUUUUUUUAUAUACUUCAACGUUGGAUGCUACAGCGACGGCUGGGCGGAUCGGGGCGACGUUACCAAAGGAUUGGAGGCGGAGGCCUGGGGAAGCCUCUCCGUUCGUAUCCAUUCGCCGUACGUCAGGGAGUUCGACCAGUACUAUUUCGGUCUUAAGCCGGAUACCAACGUACGAAACCCCUGGUUCCGGGAGUUCUGGCAGUCGAGAUUCGGAUGCAAGCUCAAGGAGGAUGAUGAUAGCGUGGACACCAUCCACGAAGAGCAAAUCCCCAAAUGUUCAGGUAACGAACGGCUUUCUGAUGGUUAUCGGCAGGACUCUAAGCUCAGCUUCGUCAUAAAGGCCAUAAGGAGUUUGGCGUACGCGAUGCACGCCAUGCAGCAGGACAUCUGCGGCUCACCCAGCAUCGGCCUCUGCGAUAAACUGCUGCCCUUCAAUGGAUCUCUCUUCAAGAAUUACCUCAUGAACGUCUCCUUCGAGUACGGCGGGGAUCUGGUGGAGUUCGACGAGAACGGAGACCCUCCCGGAAGAUACGACAUCAUGAACUACCAAUUGACGAAGAAUAAGGGCGGUUACGAUUACGUGAAGGUCGGCGAAUGGAACAACAGGAGUCUAGUGUGGAAGGAAACGAUCCAACUGGGGCCAAACAUUUUCAGGAAGUCCGUUUGUUCGCAGCCCUGCGAGAAGGGCCAUUACAAGAACGUUCAGCAAGGUGGAAAGGACAAGAGGUGUUGCUGGGUGUGCGUUAACUGCCCGUCAUCGCACAUCUUGAACGAAACAACUCAAGCGUGCGAUAAAUGCCCUUUAGGUUACAUCCCCAAUUCAACACAAACCGAGUGUCUUCAAUUGCCGAUAGAGUUUAUGAAAUGGUCGGAUACCCAAGCUAUUGUUGCUAUGGCUUUCGCAGGAUUCGGAUUCUUCACUACCGUCUUUUCCUUCAGCGUUUUCCUCAAAUACAACAAUACGCCGGUAGUGAAAUCGUCCACCAAAGAGCUGUCUUACAUAAUCCUCGCUGGAAUGACUUUAUCUCACGCCGCUAUAUUCCCUAUCCUCGCCCGUCCGCAGAUGAUUUCCUGCGCCCUGAGCAGAUUCCUUCCGGGCCUCAGCUUCGCCAUGAUCUACGCGGCGCUCCUCACGAAAACCAAUAGAAUAGCGCGCAUCCUGGCCGGAAACAAGAAAUGCUUCCCCAGCAGGAAACGUCUGUUCAUGUCCACCGCUUCGCAGGUCGUAAUCACGUCUUUCCUAAUCACUUUCCAGAUCCUCAUCUCGCUCUGGAUGCUCCACUACCAAAAUCCUGAUGUCGCCCAUCUCUACCAGCCAGACCGAACGAUCCUCGUGUGCGACACGACCCCCGAAGGCGUCCUCAUCCCGUUGACCUUCGACUUCUUUUUAAUCCUCCUGUGCACGUUGUACGCGCUCAAGACUCGCAACGUGCCCGAGAAUUUCAACGAGGCCAAGUUCAUCGGUUUCGCGAUGUACACGACCUGCGUGAUCUGGGUGGCCUUCGUGCCUAUAUACUUUGGCAGCGAUUCCAAGGUGAUCACAAUGUGCAUGUGCGUCACGCUCAGCGCAAUGGUCACCUGGAUAUUCCUCUUCAUCCCGAAGCUUUACAUAAUACUCUUCAGACCUGAACGAAAUAACCGGUCAUUUUUCACCACGAGCAAAAGCAUCCGAUGCCACAUCGGAUCCCGAGUAGCGUCCGCUCUAACAGAGAAGAGUUCAGUUAACAGCUGGAAGGAUUGCGGCAAGGAGAUCGUACCGCAUUCGCCCCAGAAACGCACAUUAUCGUGUCAAACAGGCGUGGAACUGCUGCAAGUUCUCCUGAGUCCUCGCAGACUCAUGGAAACUUAUUCACCGAAAAUCAACGCACCAAGGAUUACGGAACGCGACUGCUGCCAAACAGAUUCGUGUCAACUGAAGAAAAUAACUAUAAGACUUCCAGACACCACUUUCCAAUGAAGCCAAACAUGAAUAGAGUUUAGAGAGAAUUGAUGUGUUCAUAACCAGACCAAACCCAAAAACAAGAAACAAAUUUUACAAUUAGCAGUUUUUAUCUAAAAUUUGUUGCAGAGUCAAAUAUUUGUUUCUUUUAGGAAUUUAUACAUAGAAUAAUUUACUAGCAUUCCAAAAUCGCAUAUCAAAUACCUUUUAUUUCUUAUA